GUGGAAUUAGAUGAAAAUGAAGCCUCUGGCUCUGGGCACUCAUGCUCCGCAAACAAUGCUAACUAUAUCUCCUCACGCCAAAUCUUUGUUGCAAAACAGAAGAUUUUGCCCUGCCUUUUGCUCCUCAGUCUCAUCCGAACCGAUAGGAACUCAAGGUUCAAAGCUCGAGUAUAAGGCAGGAAUCCUGGACGAUUUUUUCCUGAAUUCCUUUCGUAACAAAUUGGUAAAGGAAGUUGGAUGGGAUUCGGAGAAGCCUGGAUAUGAUGGACUCAUUGAAUUGGCCGAAGCUCUUAUGAUGAACAGCAGAAGCAAUUCCGACACCAAAUAUGCUGCGGUUCGAAUAUUGAAGUCACUGUUUCCGCCAUUUUUAUUAGAGCUUUACAAAAUCCUUAUAGCUCCCAUAGAUGGAGGGAAGGUCGCUGCAAUGAUGGUUGCAAGGGUGACUGUGUUCACUUGUCAAUGGCUUAUGGGCGUAUGCAAGGUUAAUUCUGUGGAUCUUCCUGAUGGGACCUCUUGCAAUAGCGGGGUUUUUGUAGAGAGAUGCAGGUACUUAGAGGAGAGUAAGUGUGUUGGGGUUUGUAUCAAUACUUGUAAGCUUCCAACACAGAGUUUCUUCAAGGAUUACAUGGGGGUUCCUCUGGUGAUGGAGCCCAACUUCAGUGAUUAUAGCUGUCAGUUCAAAUUUGGGGUCAACCCACCUUUGACGGAGAACGAUGACACCCUAAAACAGCCCUGCCUGGAUGUAUGCCCAAUUGCUAAUAAACGAAGGGAUAUUCAAAAGAAUGUGGAUGUGAUGAAAUGUCCAAAGGCCUAGCAUCGUGAUCACACCAACUUUUUGG